ACGUCGUCGUUUGGUUCUCCCAACAACGCCAAGACCUGGAUCAUCCAUGGCAUUGUGGCUGGGGUUGCGAUUGCAGCGGCGGUGGGUGCACGCGCCUACAUGACCCGAUUCAACAAGUUUCGGAGUCGGGUCGUCGGUAUCAUACCCGCCCGAUACGCUUCGUCUCGCUUCCAGGGAAAGCCUCUCGUUGAAAUCCUUGGCAAGCCCAUGAUCCAGAGAACAUGGGAAAGGGCAAAGCUGGCUGCUACAUUGGAUCAUGUCGUUGUGGCAACUGAUGACGAAAAGAUUGCUGACUGCUGUCGACAAUUUGGAGCUGAUGUUAUAAUGACAUCAGAAUCCUGCAGAAAUGGUACUGAGCGCUGCAAUGAAGCCCUACAAAAGCUUGGGAAAAAAUAUGAUAUUGUUGUGAACAUUCAGGGUGAUGAGCCACUUGUUGAACCUGAGAUAAUAGAUGGUAUUGUUAAAGCUUUGCAGGCAGCUCCAGAUGCAGUGUUCAGCACUGCAGUCACAUCUUUAAAGCCUGAAGAUGCACAUGAUCCAAAUAGGGUGAAAUGUGUGGUAGAUAAUCGUGGUUAUGCCAUCUAUUUUUCACGAGGAUUAAUCCCGUUCAACAAGUCAGGGAAGGUCAAUCAACAAUUCCCGUAUUUGCUUCAUCUUGGGAUUCAGAGCUAUGAUACGAAGUUUCUGAAGAUAUACCCUGAUCUUCAACCUACUCCAUUGCAACUUGAGGAGGAUUUGGAGCAGCUUAAAGUCCUUGAGAAUGGCUACAAGAUGAAGGUGAUAAAAGUUGAUCAUGAGGCCCAUGGUGUUGACACUCCUGAAGAUGUUGGAAAGAUAGAAUCUUUUAUGCGUGAGAGGAACUUGUCUUGAACUCUCAGAUACAGCAAUGAAACCAUAUGCAAAUCAAUCAUAAAGCACAUUACAUCACAGAUAGAAAAGGGUUUUAUUUAUUUAUUUUCUUUUAGUAUAUAUCUUCUUGUUUUAUUAUGUAUAAUGUAUGUUAUUUUCUUAAUACAGCAAUGUAUUUUAUCAUCAUAGUACUUAUUUUAUUAUUUAUAGUGUAUGUUAUUUUCUUAAUACAGCAAUGUAUGUUAUCAUCAUAGUACUUAUUUUAUUAUUUAUAAUGUAUGUUAUUUUCUUAAUCAUCGGCA